AUGUCAACUGGAGAUGGCACGAAUUCGCUGGUCCACGUCAGCAGCAGCAGGCCCGACGUGUGGUGGUCCUUCCCUGACAACAUCGCCAAGAGACUGCCGUUGCCACCCGGCCGCUGGCAGAGAAUAGAGGUGAGCGACAGCAGUCUGGCGGGCAUAGGAGGGGCGGCUGUGGGACUGCCUGAUACCAUACUGAGCUUCUCAGAUGUGCUGCUUCUCAAAUUGGCCAUGGGAGGGGAUCAAAUGGAGGUAGGCAUGUUUGGUGGGGGUGGGGGUGGGGGAACGGGUAUAGGAAGGAAGGGGGGCUCUGAGUUUGAGGCCGCCAUGCUGAGCUUCUCAGACAUGUUGCUCAUGCAGGGCAAGCGUGCCGUGCCCGUUGGGGGUGGUCAAGUGGAGGGCCUGGAAGCAGCGGCAGCCUUUGUGACACGCCUGCUGCCCUCACUAGUCGACUCGCGCACUGUUGCUCCACACACACAGAACUUGGAGUUUGGGCAGCAGUAUGAGCAAGAACCUGGGCAUGAGCACCGGCAGCGGCUGCAGCAUUUCCAGCAGGACUGUGGGAGCGAUGUGAGGGUGGUGGGCGACGAGAGGAUGGUCGAUCUUCAUAGGGACAGGCAACACACACUCACGCCCCACGUGACAGAGAGGGUGCGAGUGUAUGCAGCAGGGAGGAGGAUGGGCACGGGCAUGGGGCCGACAGUGGCGGAGGCAAAGCGAGAUGGAGCAGCCAAGGCACUGCUCGCAUGGGGUAAGGUGUUCGGGGGAGGAGUGGGGGAGUGA